AGCCCGGUAAGAAAGCCCAUUUACGACGGCAUUCUCCCCCGGAACGGCGAGUCGUCGAGUUUCUGGCCUCGUUCUUCGCGGAAACAAACCCUACGGCUACAGCUAUGAGCUUGUCACUUUUACAGGGCUAUUCAUCUCCUGAAGAGGAACAAGAUGAGCAAAGAUAUCUCGGUUCCUCCUCCGACGAAGAGGAAGACUGCCGGAAAGAGGAUGUUUCUGGUGACCGUACAACCACCAACAAUUUUAAAAAGCCCUUGUUCGAUCCACCUAAUCCCGCAGCAUCUUCGUCGCUUCCCUCGGCAUUCGUCGCUUUUUCUGAGAUUUCAGGACCCCCACAGUUUCUGAACAACUCUGUUGGAGAGUCAGGAUCAGCAGAAAAAGAUAAUGAUGUGCAGCUGUGGCGGCAUGGUCAUCGGAGAAAUCGCAGAGACAAAAAUGACAUGCCUGCAG